UUCCUAACACUACAGUCAGUCGGACAGCUCUGAGUCUACACUGGGAGUUCCAAGACGUUGAAUCCGCCAUAGAACGCCAGUACCUCUCCUUAUCAUCUCACCAGCUUGGAGAGAUAGAUAGUUCUAAUCUUGAGGUUCCUGGUUUACUUCGAGAAUACACUUUUGUGAACCUUGACUUGCAUGAUGGAAGUAAAUACAAGGUGAAGGUUACCGCGUGCAAUAUGGCGGGUGUCUGUGUAUCGGCACAUACAAACAACAUUUUGGUUGACAGCUCUAAACCAAAUACAGGUACGUUCGCCAUAGAAACCGACCACGCAGUGAAGCUCGCACGACAUCAGACUGGCUGGAUGACUUGGAACAGGACCAGUCUGAACCUGGCGUGGCUUGGCUUCUCCGACCUACAUUCAGGGGUGGACCAUUACCUUGUAACAAUAGGAUCUCGUGAAUUCGGAACAGAUUACAAUACGGGUACACUACCGGAGAAGGUAUUCCAUAGUGACUCGGGUGUGAACAAGGGUGAUGAAGGAGUCCUGCAACGUUUCACAGUACACACUCGUACCCUGCCGUCAUCAGGAUCUGUGUUUGUAGCUAUCUGGGGUGUGAAUGGGGUAGGCCUACAGGUGAUGCCUACCACGCUGAACUGGUCCUGAAGGCAGACUCUACUCUGUGGCUGGUGAGGAGGUGCCAGGCCUACAACUGUGAGGGACACUGUGUCUGUGCUGUACAGGGCGGUACCUGUUCUGCCAGUAAAGCAUGUGCACAGGACAAAACAG